GAGUCAUGAAAUCCGUGUAGUAGUCAUCGUCGAUAUAGAGAGAGAAACCUCACACACAUACAAGCAGCUUUUAGAGAGAGAGAGAGAGAGCUUUGUCUUCGUCGUCGUCGUUGUUUCCGCCUCAGCUCUCUCGCACUCCCUCUAGAUUAAAGACUGAGAAACUCCCCCUGCUAACUUGCGCCAAAUGCGGCGUACACAGUCCAUUAGCUGCUGUCUUGCGCACUCGAAAGUGGCCGGUCAUUGUACACAAGAACCUAGGGUUUAGCCUUCAAUUGAAGAGUUGUGUAUGGUUUGCUGCUGUGAUUAAGUUGGGCCUGGACUGAACCGAGCUGAACUGAACUGAACUUUGUCAAGUUGUGUAGGGUUUUUCAAGAGACAUUGUAGAGUUAUAUACUUGCAAGAACAUAUAUAAAGUAGUUGUUUGUGGGUUUUAAGGAAAUGGGAGAAACUGAGGAAGGUCGUAUGGACAUGAUGCGUAGACUGCAAUCUUCAUUUGGGACUUCAUCUUCUUCAAUCCCUAUACAGCAUAAUAGUAUGAGUCAACUGGACAUUCCUCAGUUCAAUUCUUCGCAAAUCCGCGCUCCGAUGAGGCAAUUUUCGCCGAAUUUUAACGCUGAUGGGAGUGGUAAGAGGGUAGGUAUACCACCGUCCCACCCGCAAAUCCCGCCUAUAUCACCUUACUCCCAGAUCCCUGUUACCCGGCCCGCAAACCAACAGAUGGGUUCUCAGAAUUUCGCCCCGAGGCCCACCCAUUCGCGAUCUUUAUCGCAGCCCGCAUUUUUCUCCUUUGAUUCACUGCCUCCGUUGAGCCCGUCGCCGUAUCGUGACUCGCCGUCUACGUCGAAUUCUGGUCCUGUAUCUACAGUUGAUGUGUCAAUGGAGGAGAGAGAUGCAAACUUGCAGUCUUUGUUAUUGCCGCCCUCCCAUAUCGGAAGGGGUGGUUCUUCGAAGGUAGGGGAGAGUCUUCCUCCUCGCAAGGCGCAUAGGCGAUCUAAUAGCGAUAUCCCAUUUGGGUUGUCUACUAUUAUGCAAUCUUCACCACCUCUCGUCCCAUUAAAGAGUCCCAGUGGAUUUGAGCAGUCUUUAUUCAGAGACAAUUCAUGUGCUAAGCCGAUCCAGCUGGUUAAACGUGAGACAAGUUGGGAUAAAAGUGGGGAAAGCAAUGUAGAAGGGAUGGGUGAGAGGAAACCAGAAGGAGAAGUUAUGGAUGAUCUAUUUUCGGCUUACAUGAAUUUGGACAACCUUGACACUUUAAACUCUUCUGGAACCGAUGACAAGCAGUCGAUGGAGAAUCGCGAGGAUUUGGAUAGUAGAGCCAGUGGUACAAAGACAAACGGAGGCGACAGCAGUGACAAUGAAGCAACGAGUUGUGUGAAUGAAAGUGGGAAUGGUUUGUAUAGGCAAGGCAUCAAUUCUUUGAAUGAGAGAAGAGAAGGGAACAAAAGAAAUGCAGGGGGAGAUAUUACUCCGACCACUAGACACUAUAGAAGUGUUUCCAUGGAUAGCUUUAUGGGGAAGCUUAACUUUGGUGACGAGUCUCCAAAACUGCCGCCUUCCCCUGGGUUACGCCCUGGACAAUUGUCUCCCAGCAAUUCAAAUGACGAGAAUUCAAAUACCUUUAGCUUGGAAUUUGGAAAUGGUGAAUUUAGUGGGGCUGAACUGAAGAAAAUUAUGGCCAAUGAGAAACUUACCGAGAUAGCAGUAAGUGACCCCAAGCGGGCAAAAAGGAUUUUGGCAAAUCGUCAAUCAGCUGCUCGCUCAAAAGAACGAAAGUUGCGGUAUAUUGCAGAGCUGGAGCACAAAGUUCAAACUUUACAGACGGAAGCAACCACAUUGUCAGCUCAGCUUACCCUAUUGCAGAGAGAUUCUUCUGGACUCAGUAACCAAAACAACGAAUUGAAGUUUCGACUGCAAGCCAUGGAACAACAGGCACAGCUUCGAGAUGCUCUUAAUGAAGCUCUAACUGCGGAGGUUCAAAGAUUGAAGAUUGCUACUGCGGAGAUGAAUGGGGAUCCAACCAAGUUCCAGCAGCUUUCUAUCAGCCCCCAGAUGUUCCAGCGACACCAGCAGCAGCAACAGACUCAACAGCAGCAGCAGAAUGGCAACAAAACCCAAAAGCAAGACCAGUUGUAGGUUCUGCUAAGAUAGAGCUGGGGUGGAAGUUGUAUGCUUCUCAAUUUAGUUUGUCGCCUAUUGUCCUUAUUAUAAGUAGAAGUAAUGCAUUCGUUCAUUGGAUUUGUAUCUCAAAAGACUGAAAAAACGAAGGUGUGGUAGUUGCAGGUUAAACCUCGUUCUGCAUAUCCUUCCCCAAGUCUAUAUAGGUAUAGACAAGAAGCCUUUAUAUCUGUAGCCCUAUAAAUUUGGAUUUAAAGUUUCAUUUUGAAAUGUUUUGUUGCCACAAUUGGAGAGCUGAACUUCAACUCUUCCCGUUGUUUCAUCUGAGUAAAGUACUAGUAUUUCAUUA